ACGCAGGCGUGACGCGAGCGCUGCCGCUCCCGAGACGCUCGCGCCGCCCCCGCCGUGCUCGGAGGCAGUGGUAGCUGGGCCCGCGUCGCCAGGCCCGGGCCCCCCCAGCUCCCCGCCGCCCGCCGCCCUCCAGGCCCGGGCCCCCGGGUCCCCGCCGCCCGCCAUGGACGACUACGCGGUCCUGUCGGACGCCGAGCUGGCCGCCGUGCUGCGCCAGUACAACAUCCCGCACGGGCCUGUCGUGGGUUCCACUCGCAAGCUCUACGAAAAGAAGAUCUUCGAGUACGAGACCCAGAGGCGGAGGCUGUCGCCCCCCAACUCGUCCGCCUUCAAUUUCUCCUAUCGGUUCUCGGACUUAGAUUCGGCAUCCGUGGACUCGGAUAUGUACGAUCUGCCCAAGAAAGAAGACGCCUUGCUUUACCAGAGCAAGGGCUACGGCGAUGACUACUACGAGGAGAGCUACCUGAGCACCAGGACCUACGGGGACCCUGAGCCCGUGGGCUCCUCCAAGGGCUUCCGCCAGCCGUCAGCUUCACUCGCAGAUUCGGACACCUUUCACCACCAGUCCCCUCUCCCUGUUACCUGCAGGUGCGCGAUGACAGUCUCUUCUCUUCUGAAGAGGACAGCAAGGACAGGGAACGCUCCGGGUAUGGCCGGGACAGCACCUACCAGAACAUCGUGCACUACCGCCCUGUUUCCAACAUCUCCAGAAGCUCCCUGGGCUUGUCCUAUUAUCCCACACCCUCUUCCACCUCUCCCAUAUCCUCAUCUUCAUCUUCCCCCACUUCGUGGCUCACCCGUCGUGCUAUCCGGCCAGAAAAGCAGGCCCCUGGGGCUGGUCUGGGCCAGGACCGCCAGGUCCCACUCUGGGGCCAGCUGCUCCUGUUCCUGGUCUUUGCUGCCUUCCUGCUCUUUGUUUACUACUCCAUGCAGGCUGAGGAUGGCAAUCCCUUCUGGACGGAGCCCUGAGGGGCUGGCUUUGUGGCCAGCUGUUCCCGGAAGUCCUGGCUGACUGCCUUAGUAGUGUCUGCUGGGGGAGGGGGUGGGGGCUUUUCUGUGUGUUCUAGCUUCGGUGUGCUGGGCUUGGCCCAGGGCAGUGCUUGCUCCCCCUGCCUCGUUCUGCCCGGGAGGUGGCAAGCCCAGGCCCUCCGCGGCAUGGCGGGCCCGGGCAGGCCUUCCUCUGGAGUCUCCUGGUCCUGCUUGCCUCUGAUCCAGGGCCCAGGAGGGUGAGACCCUUCUCCUGGAGAGGAGAACAUGGUUGUUGUCAUUGCAUGCCUCCUGUCUGUUGUCACCUCGUCGGGGGGAUUAACCCAGGCCACCCUGACUUUGUUUUCGUGGACACAAUAAAAAGACCAUUUAUUUUUAA